UUCUCUCCUCUAAGAGCUUACAGAAGCCCAUCCAAGGAGUCUUGCAUUCUCUCGCAAAACCAAGGGACUUAGAUCGCCAUGGAAGGCAAGGUUUUACUUUUAAGCAUAUUGCUACUAGCAUCAAGCCUAGGUAAAGGCCUAGGAGGCGGAGCUCAAGGUGGAUAUGGAGGAGCUGGAGGCCAAGGAAGCUACGGAAGUGGAGCCGGUGGAAAUCGUGGAGGAGCAGGUGCCGGUGGUUAUGGAGGAGGAGCUGGAGGCGCAGGAGCCGGCGGAGCUGGUAAAAUUGGAUUAGGAGGAUUUGGCGGUGGAGCUGGAGCAGGAGGAAUUGGAGGUGGCGGCUAUGGAGGUGGAGCCGGAGCCGGCGGAUACGGAGGCGGAGCUGGAGGCUCUAGAGGCUCUGGCGCUGGUGGCUACGGAAACGGAGCUGCAGGUGCCGGUGGUGCAGGAGCUGGUGGCUACGGAAACGGAGCUGCAGGUGCCGGUGGUGCAGGAGCUGGUGGCUACGGAGGAGGAGCUGGAGGUGCAGGAGCUGGUGGCUACGGAGGUGGAGCUGGAGGAGCUGGUAAAACUGGAUUAGGAGGAUACGGAGGAGGAGCUGGAGCUGGUGGAAUUGGAGGUGGCGGCUAUGGAGGUGCAGCUGGCGGAGCCGGUGGUGCCGGAGCUGGUGGAUAUGGCGGUGCAGCUGGAGGUGCCGGCGCUGGUGGAUACGGAGGUGGAGCUGGAGGUGCUGGAGCUGGAGGAUAUGGAAGUGGAGCCGGAGGUGCCGGAGCUGGUGGAUACGGAGGUGGAGCCGGAGGAGCUGGAGCAGGAGGAUAUGGAGGAGGAGCCGGAAGUGCAGGAGGAUACGGAGACAGCGGAGAACAGGUUAGACAAGGCGUACAAUCCGGUUUUGGUGGCAAUGCCGGAUUUGGUGCAGGUAAAGCUGGAGGUGAUGGUUCUGCUUUUACAGCAAUUGGUGGUGGCUAUAACAACCAAAAUGCUAUUGGAGGGGGAUAUGGCAGUGCACAAGGAGGAUUUGGUGGUUUACGAGGGGAUACAGGAAUAAGGGGAAGUUCCGGUGGCUUCGCUGGUGUUGGUCAAGGAAACUACAAAGGGGAAGAUGGUGGCUACGACAAUGGUAUUAACUACCCUCCUCAACCUUAUCAAUUCGACUACAAUAUUCAAGAUGAAGAAGGUAACACCAACUACAGACAAGAACAAGGAGAUGAAAACGGAAACGUUCGAGGAACAUACGGAUACACUGACGUUGAUGGAGUAUAUAGAGUUGUUGAAUACGAAGCCGACUCCAAUGGAUUCCGAGCUAAUAUCAGAACCAAUGAACCAGGAGUUGGCAAGGACAAUCCCGCUGAUGUCAUCAUGACUGUUGAAGAACCACCAGCAGCUGUUGUAGCCAGAUACGCUAACAAUAAUGGACAGAAAGGAUCCGCUGGAGGACUAGGGGGAUAUGGAGGUGGAGCCGGAGGAUAUGGUGGUGCAGCCGGAGGACAAGGAGGUGCUGCAGGAUAUGGUGGUGCAGCUGGAGGACAAGGAGGAUCUGGAGGAUAUGGUGGUGCAGCUGGUGGACAGGGAGGAUCUGGAGGAUAUGGUGGUGCAGCUGGUGGACAAGGAGGAUCUGGAGGAUAUGGUGGUGCAGCUGGCGGCCAAGGAGGGGCUGGUGGUGCUGGAGGUAGACAGGGAGGAUAUGGAGGAGCAGCUGGUGGACGAGGAGGAGCUGGAGGAUAUGGUGGAGCAGCUGGAGGUCAAGGAGGAGCUGGAGGACAAGGAGGAGCUGCGGGAUAUGGUGGUGCCACUGGUGGACAGGUAGGAGCUGGAGGAUAUGGUGGUGCUGCUGGUGGACAGGGAGGAGCUGGUGGAAGAGGUGGAGCUGGAGGAUAUGGUGGUGGAGCCGGUAAACAAGGAGGUGGUGCUGGAGGUUUUGGCGGACAAGGUGGAGCUGGAGCCGGAGGAUAUGGCGGACAAGGUGGAGCUGGAGCUGGAGGUUAUGGUGCAGGAGCUGGUAAACAAGGAGGUGGUGCUGGAGGUUUUGGCGGACAAGGUGGUUCUGGAGGAUAUGGUGGACAAGGAGGAGCUGGAGCUGGAGCUGGAGGUUAUGGUGGAGGAGCUGGUAAACAAGGUGGAGCUGGAGCUGUUGGAUUUGGACAAGGAGGUGCUGGAGGAUAUGGUGGACAAGGAGGAGCUGGAGCUGGAGGAUAUGGGGGAGGAGCUGGUAAACAAGGUGGAGCUGGAGCUGGUGGAUUUGGUGGACAAGGUGGUGCUGGAGGAUUUGGUGGACAAGGUGGUGUUGGAGGAUAUGGUGGGCAAGGAGGAGCUGGAGCUGGAGGUUAUGGCGGAGGAGCUGGUAAACAAGGUGGAGCUGGAGCUGGUGGAUUUGGUGGACAAGGUGGAGUUGGUGGAUAUGGAGCUGGAGGCGCAGGUGGACGUGGCGCUCAAGGAGCAGCAGGUGGUUAUGGAGGGCAAGGCAGUGCUGGCGGCUAUGGCGGAGUUGGUGGACAAGGAGGAGCUGGUAAAGCUGGAAAAGGAGGUCUCGGUGGUGGAAAUGGAGCUGGAGGAUAUGGCGGUGGACAAGGAGGACAAGGAGGCAUAGGAGGUGGUGCAGGCUAUGGGGGACAAGGAGGAUUUGGUGCAGGAGGUGCAGGAGGACAAGGUGGAUACGGAGGAUCCCAAGGAAACCAGAAGGGUACCAAAUACUAAAUAUGUUUGAAAUAUAAAGAACUGCUUAUAAAAUAUUUAUAAAGAUUCUAGCUUUACAAGAAUCGCUGUCGGGACACAGUGUCAGUCCUGAACGGCGACUUGCCGAUAUCAUCUCAUUUGAAAUCAUAGGUGAAAUAUAAUUUCAUCUUACAUGUUAUUAACGCGGGUGCUCAUUUGAAUGAACUUUUUUUUUUUGUAGCUUGUGUGUUGCAAAUGAUAUGGCGCGCGUAUUUCUCUUGGGGCAUAAUUACUUGGCGGAAGAAACCCUUCCGCCAAAUAGGUCAUCUUUGUUCAUCUUGUACACUUGCCAACAUAUGUAAUCCAUUGUGAAAAUGAGCGUUUUGUCUCAUAAAUAAGAUGAACUGUCGGGUUUCUUACUAUUUCUGUCAAAAGUCUACUUUUUUUGUUUGA